GGGAGUCUCUACUUCGUGCGAGGCGGAGCAAAGCGGGGAGAGCUAAGGCGGGAUCUGAGGAAACUCUCCCCCUCAGCCGCCCCAGGCAGAGCCCCGCACCCGGUCCUUCCACUCCGCCAAGGGACGGGCUAUGGCUACGUCUAUACUGGGGGAGGAGCCCAGAUUCGGAACGACCCCCCUGGCCAUGCUGGCCGCCACCUGCAACAAGAUCGGCAACACCAGCCCCCUGACGACGCUGCCGGAGUCGAGCGCCUUCGGCAAGGGGGGCUUCCACCCGUGGAAGCGGUCGACGUCGAGCUGCAACCUGGGCUCGGGCCUGUCGGGCUUCGCGGCGGCGGCGGCGGCGGCGGCGGCGGCGGCGGGGGGCCGCGGGGCGGGCGGGCUGGCGGGCGGCUCGGGGGCCGCCGGCAGCGCCUUCUGCCUGGCCUCCACGUCGCCCACCUCGUCGGCCUUCGGCGGCGACUACGGCGGCCUGUUCUCCAACGCGGCGGGCGUGGCGCCGCAGGAGCCCGGCGGCCAGUCGGCCUUCCUGGCCAAGGUGCACCCGUCGGCGGCCGACGGGCUGUACCCGCGGCACCCCUACGAGUCGUGGUACAAGACCGGCUUCCACUCCACGCUGGCGGCGGGCGAGGCGGCCGGAGGGGCGGCCUCGUCGUGGUGGGACGUGCACGCCAACGCGGGCUCCUGGCUGGAGGUGCAGAACCCGGGCGCCGGCGGCGGCGGCGGCGGCGGCGGCGGCGGCGGCGGCGGCGGCGGAGGCAGCGGCGGCGCCGGCGCCGGCCUGCAGGGGUCGCUGCACGCGUCGGCGCCGCCGGCCCCGCUGCACUCGCAGCUGGGCUCCUACAGCCCCGAUUUCGGCUCGCUGACUCAUUCGGCCUUCAGCUCCACCGGCCUGGGCUCCCCGGCCGCCGCCGCCGCCGCCUCGCACCUGCUGUCCACCGGCCCGCACCUGCUGGGCCAGGAGGGCUUCAAGCCCGUGCUGCCCGCCUACUCGGAGUCCAGCGUGGCCGUGGCGGCCGCCAGCGCCAUGCUCAGCGGCGCCGCCGCCGCCGCCGCCGCCGCCGCCGGCUCGGCCCGCUCGGCCCGGCGCUACUCGGGCCGCGCCACCUGCGACUGCCCCAACUGCCAGGAGGCCGAGCGGCUGGGCCCCGCCGGGGCCAGCCUGCGGCGCAAGGGGCUGCACAGCUGCCACAUCCCCGGCUGCGGCAAGGUCUACGGCAAGACGUCGCACCUGAAGGCCCACCUGCGCUGGCACACCGGCGAGCGCCCCUUCGUCUGCAACUGGCUCUUCUGCGGCAAGCGCUUCACCCGCUCCGACGAGCUGCAGCGGCACCUGCGGACUCACACCGGCGAGAAGCGCUUCGCCUGCCCCGUCUGCAACAAGCGCUUCAUGCGCAGCGACCAUCUCAGCAAACACAUCAAAACGCACAACGGGGGCGGCGGCGGCGGCGGCGGCGGCGGAGGAGGAGGAGGCGGCGGCAAAAAGGGCAGCGACAGCGACACGGACGCCAGCAACCUGGAGACGCCCCGCUCCGAGUCCCCCGACCUCAUCCUCCACGACUCCGGGGUAAGCGCGGCCCGGGCGGCGGCGGGAGGCGGCAACGACUCCACCUCGGGCCCCAACGAGUCCUAGAGGGGGUGAGCGCGGCACGGAGACGGACACAGACACAGAGAGACUCAGACAGAGACCCAAGACGGACAGAGGGAGGCAGGGGACAACCACGGGGGGACCUGAGAGCCGGCUGCCGCCGACCCUUAAAUAAAGAGCCCGGCCCGGGGACUGAAGACACGCACACUCACCUAAACGCUCAGCCACACACACACACACACAUACACACACGCCCCGACGGCGACCCCACAUUGCCCCGCACGCACAGCCCGCCCCCGAACUUGUCGGGUGCACAGCCUUUCCCUCCACCGUUUCCCUCCACCUCCUGCUUCCCCUCAAUCCCUCUCCUCGAAAAAGAGGGAAAAAAACCCCACCCCACAUCCCCAACCCCCUUCCCUCUCCAGCAGACGCUCGUCGUCACAACGUUUGGGACCAAAUGGGACCUUUUCGGAAACACACACACACACACACACACGAAAAAUCCCACCCUCUGUGCGGAUCGUACGAUAGAUAAAAUCCUCCCAAGGCCCGCUUGAUGAUGAUCUAUUUGCCAUGAGACUUUUUUGUUCUUUCCAAAAGGAAGGGUCAAAACAAAAAAAACCACACAAACCAACAAAAAGAGGCUUAAGGUGAGAAUUUAAACUGGAAGUCUAGAGACAGUUUCUCUGUAUUUCACGAACGGCUGUAUAAAUAGGGUUCAAAAAGGAUUGUGUUCUCUUCUACUUUCUUGUAAAUGUUGAUUCCGAUAGGGUUUUUUUCGGUGAAUUCCUGAAAUUCAGGGAGGUUUUGGGUUUUUUUUUUUUUAAUUUCUGAUGCACUUUGUGGAAGUCAGUAUAUAUGUAAAAGCUAUUUACAUUGUUGAGUUAUCAUUUCACUCACACGUAAGUUAAGGUCAUUUAAAGAAAUUAAAUGCGUUUAUCUGUAUGAAGAAAAUCUUGACAUAAUAUUUUCAUUUUGGUAUUAUUAAAGGACUCUGAACAAUA